AUGAAUUAAAAGGAGCGUGUUUUUGUAGAGAGAAACAAUGAAUACGCUGAAAAUGAAUACUUUGUGGGUCAGAAGGAAUCGAGAUUUCACUCCAAUGAUUAAUAAAUAAAUAUUUAAGUAGAAUCAUAAUUAAGUACUCUAAGUUAUAUUUUUGAUUGGAUAACAAAUGUAAGAGUUUCAAUUUAUUAAAUAAGGAUCAAUUAUAGGAGCUACGAUCCCAAAUCCUUCACUAGAUAAAGUUAUUAGAUCAGAAUGUAAAAACUAAAUAUAUCACUACUGCAUUAUCGUAUAUUUUGAUAAAGAAUACCAGCGGUAUCAAUGAGACCGAGUGUAUACAGCAAUUACUUGUAAGAAUUUAGUUUAAUAUUGAUUAGAAUAAGUUUAAUGUGAAAUCAAGAAAAUUGUUGAAGUAUUUAAGAAUGAUUAAGGAUGAUAGUUAAAGAGAUAUGAAUAAGUUAUUACAACAGGUUUAGUACUAUCAAGAGAAAGUGAGGAAGUAUUUUUUUGGAUAAGGACAAUCUUUAUUGCUGAAAUUGAAGAAACCUAAAUAAACUUAUACUCAAUUGAUAGAAGAGAUUCUUGAGACUAACAAAUAAGUGAUGAUAAGGAUCUUCUCUUUGCAAUUAGUGAAAUAGUUUUGUGUGAGUAAACGACCAAGUCGAUUGGUGAUAAACUUGGGUUACUUUGCCUUUUAAAUCCAAUCAAUAUAUAUUUUGCCUGGAGAAUAUGCUAGAAUAUUUAGAAUAUCAAUCAAUUCUUUGCGUCAUUUUUCAAAAGGAUUAAUUAACUUACUAUAUCAAUUUGUAUUAAGAAUAACAGGCUAAGGAAUUGAAGCUUAAUUCAAGUCUUGCGAGAGAAGUCCUUAAAUUUCACAAACCAUUAUGAAUGAAGGAGAAUUUAAAAAAUCACCUGAAGAUACAAGCGUGUCAGAACCAAGCAUAGAAAUAGAAGGAUUUAAGUUGCUCAUCAUUAGAAAACUAAUUAAUGAAUUCAGCACAUAUUAAUUUCUAUUUGCUGACACUGAAGAAGAAGAUGAAUUAUUUAAUGAAUGUUAAGAGAUUUUGAACUUUUCAACAAAUGAUAACGUGUGA